CCCGCGGAGCGCAGCCGAGCCCGGGCGGGACGCUUGGCCACGGCGAGGGGGCCGAGCAGGCGAGCCCGGCUCCGAGGUUGCUCUUGGCGCCCGAGGAUCGGUCUUGGACUCCCAGAGUGCGACGCACACAUCCACAUCACCCGAGGACCAUGGAUGCUGAUGAGGGUCAAGACAUGUCCCAGGUUUCAGGGAAGGAAAGCCCCCCGGUGAGUGACACCCCGGACGAUGGCGAUGAACCCAUGCCUGUCCCUGAAGACCUUUCCACCACAUCUGGAGGCCAGCAGAGCUCCAAGGGUGACAGAGGACUGGUUGCUUAUGGGGUUGACGGCUUUAGGGAUUUUCAUGCAAUAAUUCCCAAUUCUUUCUCUCCUGGUAAUGUUAAAGUAGAGACUCAGAGUGAUGAAGAGAAUGGGCGUGCCUGUGAAGUGAAUGGGGAAGAGUGUGCGGAGGACUUACGGAUGCUCGAUGCCUCCGGAGAGAAAAUGAAUGGCUCCCACGGUGUCCAAGGCAGCAGAGCUUUGUCAGGAGCUGGGGGCAUUCGACUUCCUAACGGCAAACUAAAGUGUGAUGUCUGUGGGAUAAUUUGCAUCGGCCCCAAUGUGCUCACGGUGCACAAAAGAAGCCACACUGGAGAGCGGCCUUUCCAGUGCAACCAGUGCGGGGCCUCCUUCACGCAGAAAGGCAACCUGCUCCGGCACAUCAAGCUUCACUCGGGCGAGAAGCCCUUCAAGUGCCACCUCUGCAACUACGCAUGUCGCCGGCGGGACGCCCUCACCGGCCACCUGAGGACGCACUCCGUCAUUAAAGAAGAAACUAAUCACAGUGAAAUGGCAGAAGACCUGUGCAAGAUGGGAUCGGAGCGCUCGCUCGUGCUGGACAGACUAGCAAGUAACGUCGCCAAACGUAAGAGCUCUAUGCCUCAGAAAUUUGUUGGGGACAAGUGCCUGUCGGACCUGCCCUACGACGGCAGCGCCAGCUACGAGAAGGAGAACGAGAUGAUGCAGACGCACGUGAUGGACCAGGCCAUCAACAACGCCAUCAGCUACCUGGGGGCCGAGUCCCUGCGCCCCCUGGUGCAGACGCCCCCGGGCAGCUCCGACGUGGUCCCGGUGCUCAGCCCCAUGUACCACCUCCACAAGCCCCACGCCGAGGGCCCUGCGCGCUCCAACCACUCGGCCCAGGACGGCGCCGUGGAGAACCUGCUGCUGCUCUCCAAGGCCAAGUCCGCGUCCUCCGAGCGCGAGGCGUCGCCGAGCAACAGCUGCCAGGACUCCACGGACACCGAGAGCAACACGGAGGAGCAGCGGGGCAGCCUCAUCUACCUGACCAACCACUUCACCCCUCACGCGCGCAACGGCCUGUCCAUCAAGGAGGAGCACGCGGCCUACGACGUGCUGCGCGCCACCUCCGAGGGCCCCGCGGACGCGCUGCGCGUGAUCGGCACGAGCGGGGAGCCCCUCAAGGUGUACAGGUGCGAACACUGUCGCGUGCUCUUCCUGGACCACGUCAUGUACACCAUCCACAUGGGCUGCCACGGCUUCCGCGAUCCCUUCGAGUGCAACAUGUGCGGCUACCACAGCCAGGACCGCUACGAGUUCUCGUCCCACAUCACGCGGGGGGAGCACCGCUUCCACAUGAGCUAAAGCACCCCCCCACCCCCACCCGCGGACCGCGCCCCGCCCCCAGGAAGAGCAUCCAGGACCCGCGCCAGCCCCUGCGCGGGCAGCCGGGAUGGACCGACUGCUGUGCUUUGACCUUUAGGUCGUGUUUCGUUUUGUUCUGAGUUGGUUUGCUUUUGAAAACAAGAAGUUUUUCUUGUUAGAUGCAGGGUUCCAUUUGGAGCCCCCGAAAUGCUCUCUUACUAGACAAUUCUGUAGACCGCUGGCUGAAAUCCCCUCCCCUGUUGCUCCCUAGAAAUUGCUGUCCUCCAAAUGAUGGGUCAUGUUCGGAGAGAAUUUUAUACAAACGGGCGGAAGCCCGGGAAGGAAUGAGCCGGUUCCGUGCUAAGCAUGGGAUUCACGCCCCAGAUGGGGUUUCCGAGGUCCCAGGAGCCGUGUGCGCAGCCCCUGAGCUGCGGUCGUGAGCCGACCCUGGGGGUGAGUGCCCCUACAGCAGGGCCGGAAGCUGCGUGUGCAUCCAGGGAAGACAGGCCACAGGUUCUAAACAGAGAUAUGAUUCUAAGUCAAAUUCUGCACGUUGUUGGGGACGAGUGACCAUUGGGCAGAGGGAGCGAGGGGUUGCACAGCCUUUGGACUCAUUCUCGAUUUCCAGACCGUGAGGUUGCUCAGCCCACAGCUAAGCCUUCCCAGGCCUGUUGUCACGUGGGAUGAUCUCCUGUUCCCCUGGGGCACCUGGGACUACUGUCCUCUGCUCCGUCAUAUCAGUACUUUUAAGGGCCCUCCCCUCAAAACCUAUCACUACAUUUUUAACACCAGUCCUGAAAUUAGAACCUUAAUUCCUUUUGAAAUUUUCAGAUAAUAAAAUCCCCCAGAAACCAAAAUUUUAUUCUAAAUUCCACACUCAUUUCUUUGGUUCUGUCCUCCUUCCCUGCUGGGUUCUACCUAUGCCCAGAAGGCUAUUUUCCCUGCAGAAGGCCCAUCCUAGACCUCAGUUAAUGUUUUGUUUGCAGCCCCAGGCCUGGAUUUCUUACCGUCAGUACAUUUCUUACCCUGCUCGCUGUGUAUAUUAUUCUCAUUUUUAAAUCCGUAAAAGAAGGAUUCAGAAUGACCCUUCAUUUUUAGGUCAAGGAAGUUUGACAGGUGAAGUCCGGGAGACGCUUCUUACACACGGCACCUAUUUGUUUGAAACUAAACUUUCCAACCAUCUGAAACUCUCUCCUGUAAGGACAGAGCUGCACCCUGCAUCCACGUAGGCAGGACACACCCGUCUGACUCGGGACCAUCUCGUGACCAGAACUCGAAGUCCAACAGGACAGAGGCAGGUGGCCCCAGAGGUGCUCUCUGAAGCCCCACGAAGGUGUCCGUGGGUUCUCAUCCCAACCAGGAAGGUAAUUCUGUCAUUAAGGACAUUCAUCUCCACCAUCUAGCAGGAAGGUCAUACAGUUUCAAAUGUUUCCAGUAUUUGUCGUCACCAAAAAUGUCCAAGGUGACCAUGAAGAAACAGGAAAAAUUGUGCACAAGCACCUCUGCAUUUCAUCUAAAUCCAGAGUUCCUGGGCUCAGCUCUCUUGACAUCUGGGGCUGGAUACUCUGUUGCAGGGGAUUCCCCUGGGCAUCAUAGGCUAACAGCAUCCCUGGUCACUACCCGAUAGAUGCCAGUAAGACCCCGAGUUGACUACCAAAAAUGUUCCCUGGGAACAAGAGUUGCCCCUAGCGGAGAACACUGCUCUAAGCAAAUUCUGAACCAGUCAAGGGUCUGGAGGCCUUCCAAAGGGUCUGGAAGGGUCUAGAAGCCCUGCAAGAAUGUUUCCCGUCAGCAGGCUGGAGCCUGACUCCUGUUCCUUUGGAUUCAUUAUAAAUUCUAUCAAUGAAUUAUCCCUCUUCAGUCUUCAGAAACAUACCCUCUCAGGUGCAUUUGAGUUUUCUGGAAAAGAUGGCGUCCCAGCAUCCUUGAGGCAUGGGGUUCUUUGCUUACAGAACCGUUUGACAUUUUGAACCUGGAAAUAGACAAAGUUGUAAUAAUUUGGGCAGUGACACACUGAUGCACUGGGUGAAGGGGCAGAGGGAGGCUCUGGGCUGUGGACAGUGUUAGUUCCAUUUGCAGUUACAGAGAAAGACCCACCUCAUCCCCAAGAACAUACAUAUUCAAGGUGAGAGACUGCUUAGAUUUCCAGUUUGGAGGCCAAGUUCACCUGCCCUGUCCUUUCCCAGCCAGCUCCACAGGGUCCAUUGGCUGAACGGAGUUAUUUUUCCCUGUGACUUCAGACAGAGCUGGACCCACCACUGUAAAUAGUGGCUACAGGAGUUCUUUUCUCCAGGGCUUUCCCCUCCCUGUCUCUGCCUUUUAUAGCCAAUAUAACUGUUUAUUUACACACCUUUUGUUGUGGUUUUCUAUUGUAACACCAUUUUUCUUUCAAACUAUUGUAUUUAAAGUAAGUUUCAUAUAAUGUCAACAAGUAAUUAAAUUAUGUUUGAAAAGCGGCCAUGUUCUGUACCGAAAGCUGUUAACGUUUUCCUCCUAGCUGGUAAAAGUAGGAUUUUGCAUGAUCUCA